AUUUCAAAACUAUAUAGCCUUCGACAAAGACACAACCCUUUAAUUUAAAGAGAAAAGCGAAGAAUGGAUUGCAGAUUUGUUUUGGUCGGUCGUUUUCUGGCCUUUCUUCUUCUGUUCGUCCAGUGUGGGUUCCUGACAGCCUUUCCUGUCUGGUAUAAGGAUGAUUUUCGUCUGAUGCCCUUGCUACUGUUAUUUUCUCCCACUCUGGUUUACUAUGUCUUUUGUUUGACUACUGCAACAAAACUCCAUAAAGUGUUCCGUACGUGGGGUCUUUACGUUUUUUUCGGUUUGAUCCCUUACAUCGUCAUCAUUUUUGCAUUGUGUGGAGACGUACUCGACAAGAAUAAUUUUCUCAGCCCGACCUGUUUGAAAGUGAUCCUUUGCAUCACCCCUGUUGUCUUUCUCAUUCUGGUGAAUACAGCGAGUGAUUUGGGUGAACAUGAAAAGUAUACAACCCUGGUCUGGUCGCUGUCAAUCGUGACAACAAUAGAUCUAGUCGAUGGCGUCGAGAUGUUGGAUAUUGUGCUCGAUGAGAGAGAGAACAGUCACGGAAUCCCAAAAGAGUUUGGAUAUGCGAUUGUAGCAGUGGCGUGCGGGAGCUUUCUGUUGACUCUGCUGCAAAUUGCGAAGAAUAAACUCAAAGAAGGGACCGUUUCCCCUCGCAAAGGAGUGGUAAUCCUCGCAAAUGUUUUGCAAAUCAUCUUUGUAAAUUUGGCGUUCAUGGUAAUGCGACUGGUAGUUGUUAUAAAGUACAACAAAGAUGAGAAUGAGUCCCUCUUCAUCAUGAAGAAUGUGAUCUUCAUCUUUCUCUCAGCAAUGCAGAUCUACUGGAUCCGACAGAGCUAAUUUGAGUAUGUGAAAUUAACUGAACAGAGAGACGUAUUCGAUUUGAAAUUGCAUCUAAGGAAAGGAAACUGAGACUUUUUAAGGAGGAUGUAUUUCGACGAUUAUCAACAGCCGCUUGUUAAGUUUGAAACUGAAAGUACGAUCACACCUCAUCAUUAAAACAAGAUAUCUCUCGGGUCUUUCAAAUCAUCAUCAGCUAUCAGUCCAACUUUUUUUGACAGAGUCGAAUUUUAGCAAAUAAUAAUUUUUUUUUCUGGAAGGAAAACGAAAAUAAAAAGGUUUUAGAAAUUGUAAGCAUUGCCUACCUCGUUCAUGAUCUUUGCACGUUAGUUAUUUUAAUGUUCAAUGUUCAAAGGCGCUAAAGAAACGGAACGAAAUGAAAUAUUGUGAAUAAAAUUAGGGGAUGACACUCCGAUUUAGCUGCAGGCGACAGCGCCUUACACACAAUUAAAACAGAAGUAUUGUACAAAAUAGUGCUGACGAGGCAAGAGGGUCUCAUUCAUCAGUUUGGGGCCUGUUUAUGUUACUGCAACAUUUGUGUUUGUGAGAAGAUUUCUCUUUGCGAAGUAUUAUUUAUUUUGCCACUCAAAAAUUGUACUUUCUGUUUUUGGAGGUGUAACGAGUUAGUAUUUGCUCUAAUUGUAAAUAAACACAAUUGCGUUGAAAAA